CUUAAUGAAGCUAAGCAUUACCAUCUUCCUUUAGGAUUUAAUUGCUUACGGUUGCCUAGUUCUGGAUGUUUUUGCGAUUCAUUCAAAUAUUAUACAAGUCAUACUACUUUAAUAACUUUACAAACACUGCAAAUUUUAGUAUGCGAAUAUGCAUAUUAUACCAAGUAUUAUACUAGGAAUGGAUCUAAGUGUUUGUAUUGUUUGAAGUUUAUUCAAAGUAGUGUUAAUGAACAAGUUCAAAUAAUCUUGGAAUGGCUUCAAAAAAAUAUUGAUACAUCAUCUGAGGAUAGUAAUAAAGUUAUUUCUGAAGAUGAUAAAAACAACAAAAAGGAAACUGCAAAUAAUAUAUUUGUUAAAUAG